UUUAAGGCUCACUGAAUACAGUGGUGUUAAAGACCAAGGCAAGGGCACGAAAACGAAUUAUAAAUAAAAUAAAGGAUUUGACACCAACUGGUAAAAUUAUAUAUAAAGAAUACCAGAAAGCCAAAGACGAGGCUAACUUUCUGAAGAGAGCUCGAAGAGCUUUAAAAUUCAGCAAGGACAAGUCCUUUGAAGAAUUAACCAAGGAAAUGAAUCCAUUUGCAAAAACUAUUAUGAAAAUGCAAAUUAAUUUAUGCUCCAAAAGUAAAAAAGGGCGACGAUUUACUGAGGAAGAAAAAUUAAUAGCAUUGUCCAUAAUGAAACAAAGUCCUAAGUGUUACAGAUUUUUACACAAAAUUUUCGUCUUGCCCUCACGAUCAACUCUAAAUAAAAUGGUUGCAAAGCUCUCUAUUGGACCAGGAAUUUGUCAACAAGUGUUUGGCUUACUAAAAAAAGAGGUUGCUACAUGGGAUGAGAAAAAAAAAAUUUGUUCAAUCAUCUUCGAUGAGAUGUCAUUAGACACUGCUUUAACCUACGAUAAAAACAGAGACUGCAUCAAUGGCUUUGUAGAGUUAAAUGAAAAGCAGAGCCAGUUUGCCGACCAUGCACUUGUUUUCAUGCUCAGAGGAGCGGUGUACAAGUGGCAGCAACCCAUUGCCUUUUAUUAUUGUCAGGGGGCCACAUCAGGGACUGAGCUUAAAACAAUUCUAAGAGAUGUUGUGGCUGUUCUCGUGGAAUGUGGUCUGAAGCCUAUUUGUGUAAUUUGCGAUCAAGGCACAUCUUUCCAAGCAGCCUUGAAAAGCUUUAGAGAGGACACUAAGCGUGAUCAAAUACUUUCAGAUCAAGAACCAGAUGGCUCAGUUACUAUCAGCGGGGUUAACCUGAGUAUUAUUUAUGACCCGUCACAUUUGAUUAAAGGAAUUAGAAAUAAUUUCUUGAAUAAGAACAUAGUCAUGGAUGGUAAAACAUCCAAGUGGACUGAUAUUGUGGAUGUCUAUGAAACUGACUGUAAACACACAGAGUCUAGACUCCUUCAUAAAUUGAAUGACCAACAUGUCAUUCCUGAAAAAAUCAAGAAGAUGAAAGUAAAGAACUGUGUCAAAGUGCUGAGUUCAACAGUAUCUGCAGCUUUAUCCUAUACAGCUCAAUUUUCACACUAUGCAGAUGGCAGGCCUGUUAGUGGCACGAUAAAGAAUACUGCUGAAACAGUACUGUUUUUCGACAGACUUUUUGAUAGCGUGAAUGGAGCAGGAUCUGCAAAAGAAGCCAGAGGGAAAUUAAGAACUGUAGUAACAAAAAAAUCACCACACCAUAAAUUUUGGCCAGAAGCAAUUAGGAAAUUGGAAAAUUUGAAAUUUGUUGAUUCUGUAGGGAAGGAAAAAUCGGUGCCCUCAGUAAAAAACUUUAUUAUAACCUUAAAAAGUUAUAUGAGGCUGUGGCAAAUUUUGCAUGGACAAGAUAUAAAAGUGAUGCGGCCCAGAUAUUUUAAUUCUGAUCCAAUCGAAAAUUUUUUUGGUCAGGUAAGGGCCUACAAUUAUAGGAAUAAUGAUCCAAAUUGCCACAGCUUCAAUUGUACAUUCAAAUCAUUAUUGAUUACCAGAUUUAUAAAAUUUCACAGUGAAAACUUCAACUGUGAGGAUGACCCGGCAGAUCAAGUUUUGAACCUACAGGUUUUAUUUGAUGAAAAAAAAAGUAAUGAAUCAAGGCCGGGUGAUUCUCCAAGUGAAAAAAAUAUUGAAGUGAUUGUGGAGCAGGCCCGACGAGAAAGAAUGAAUAUUCACUCGCGGGCCUACACUGCUGGAUGGGUAGUAAAAAAAAUUUUUAGUAAAUUGAAAAUUUGUUGUAACAAUUGUAAUAACUCAAUGACUUCUGAAAGAGGCGAUAUUCAUGACUGGAUAAGUCAUAGAGAGUACAAUAAAGCAAGAAAAGUAUUGAAAUACCCAUCCGAAGCAGCAGUAAGGUGUUUUGGUACAGUCGUAAGGGAAACAAAUGAAUACUUAGAAAUAAAUGCUCAUAACAAUCAAGUAGCUAAAAAAAUCAGCGACCAUAUAUUUGCUAAGUAUUCAUUUGAUUUCAUAGACUGUACCGAACACAAAUCAGUGCUCCUGACACACUUUAUUGUUUUGACUGUGAGGUUCAUAAUAAUGAAUUGGUGUAACAUAUUAAAUAAAAUUUUGAAGGGCACCGACGUUUCAAGACUGCAAGAAAAAGAUUUGCCUGCGAUGCAAAAGAAAGCAUACGAAAAAUACAAAAAGAAAUUAAAAAAUAAAUCAUUUAAUAAAUAACAUACUGUUUUAUUUAAUGAAUCCC